CAGUCACUUCCGGGGCGGAUCGGAAGUUGCUUUGUUUUGCUUCAAGAUGGCUGCUGGGAUGUAUUUGGAACAUUAUCUGGACAGUAUUGAAAACCUCCCAUUUGAAUUACAGAGAAACUUUCAGCUCAUGAGGGAUCUAGACCAAAGGACAGAGGACCUGAAGGCUGAAAUUGACAAGUUGGCCACUGAAUAUAUGAGUAGCGCCCGCAGCCUGAGCUCCGAGGAAAAAUUGGCCCUUCUCAGACAGAUCCAGGAGGCCUAUGGCAAGUGCAAGGAAUUUGGUGACGACAAGGUGCAGCUUGCCAUGCAGACCUAUGAGAUGGUGGACAAACACAUUCGGCGGCUGGACACAGACCUGGCCCGUUUUGAGGCUGAUCUGAAGGAAAAACAGAUCGAGUCAAGUGACUAUGACAGCUCUUCCAGCAAAGGCAAAAAGAAAGGCCGGACUCAAAAGGAGAAAAAAGCUGCCCGAGCCCGUUCCAAAGGGAAAAACUCAGAUGAAGAGGCCCCCAAGGCUGCCCAGAAGAAGUUAAAACUUGUACGCACAAGUCCUGAGUAUGGGAUGCCCUCAGUGACCUUUGGCAGUGUCCACCCCUCUGAUGUGUUGGAUAUGCCUGUGGAUCCCAACGAACCCACAUAUUGCCUUUGUCACCAGGUCUCCUAUGGAGAGAUGAUUGGCUGUGACAACCCAGAUUGUUCCAUCGAGUGGUUCCACUUUGCCUGUGUGGGGCUGACAACCAAGCCUCGAGGGAAAUGGUUUUGCCCACGCUGCUCCCAAGAACGAAAGAAGAAAUAGGUUUCCUUGGAUUCCAUCACAGAUUUCUUCCGAGUCCCCCUGACCUGGGCUAGUGAACAGAGAGGAAUAUGCCUGUGCUGGGGACUGGGGGUCCAGGGAGGUGUCGGCAGUGCAGUACCGGCAUCCCUUCUCCCUUUCCCCACUCCUGGUGCUGAGGCUGCAUCCAAACCCCAGUAGGGAGGGUGCCACAGGCACCGACGGUAUGUGCUCUCGUGCUCUCGCUCCUCUCUCCCUCAGAGGGAAGUAAUCCCACUUGCUGUCCUUAUGCCUCCAUGGUGAGGCUGGUGCUGCAUUUCCCCCUGCUUUGUAUUCAAGGACUGGGGCGGUGGGGUGGGGCACUCUCCCAGUCCCCUCAGUCCUCCCUUCCCCCGUUGGGAGCUAGAUAGGGCAAACUGUCUUCUCCAUUCCCUUUCUUUUCUCCAUGGUGAGGGGUCUUCUAGAUCCUUUGGGCUCUGCCUACCUGAGUGCUUACCCAUCCUCUGUGGCCCGGGGAGUUAUCCUGACUUUGAAUGGGAGAGGGGCAAAGUGAAACCCAGGUGACUCUGAUGUAAAAGGAGCUGGGGUAGGGAAAUAAAAGCUCUCCGUGCCAGCCUGCUGUGUUUAUUGUAGAGACUGUUUCCGUACAUGGGGUAAGCAUUCUUUGUGCAUCCUCUGAACUGGAUGAGAGGCAGGAGGAUGGCUUGCCAGAAGCAGGACAAGACCUGAAACUUGUCCUGUGGAGCCCACAACCUAUCCCCUGGAGGGGUGCCUUGCAGCGGGGGACUCAGAACCUUGUAAUUAUGCAUCUGCUCCCCGUGAAACACCUUUCACCUAAUUCCAAUAAAUCAUGUAUUUGCUUUA